GAUGAGGUAGCAAGAGAACACUAACCUUUGGAUGAAAAGAGAAGAAGCAUGAAUAACUUCAGUGUGUGUGUUUUCUUCACUCUGGUGAUUGCAGCUCAUGCCAACCCAAUAACGACAGCUUCCAACGAAAUCAACAUUGAUGACGAUGUAGCCAAGAACUACCUGAAAAGAUUCUAUGACUUGGGAAUGGAGAGUGAGAAUUCUAUUCUACGCAAGACAAGUCAGCUACAGUUGAAGCUAAAAGAGAUGCAGCAGUUUUUUGGACUCCGUGUGACAGGAAAAAUGAACUCUGAAACGUUGGAGGUCAUGAAAAAGCCCCGCUGUGGUGUUCCCGAUAUGGCUGCCUACUCCACUUUUGGAGGCCACAAAUGGCCCACCAACAAGCUGACUUACAGAAUCAAAGACUACACUCCAGAUAUGCCAGCGUCUGAAGUGGACGAUGCCAUGGCAAAAGCUCUACAAGUCUGGGCAAAAGUAACACCCCUGAGGUUUACCCGUAUCUACACUGGAGAAGCCGAUAUCAUGAUCUCGUUCGGUAGCAGAGACCACGGUGAUGGCUACCCAUUUGACGGGCCAGGUCAAACUCUAGCUCAUGCCUUUGCACCAUCAAGUGGAAUUGGCGGUGAUGCCCAUUUUGAUGAAGAUGAGACCUUCACUUUCGACACCUCAGCUGGAUAUAACUUGUUCCUCGUGGCUGCCCAUGAGUUUGGACACUCGCUUGGUCUGAGCCACUCCAGGGACCCUGGUGCCCUGAUGAAUGCAAUAUACGUUUACAGAGAUCCUGCCACCUUUAUUCUACCACAGGAUGAUGUCAAAGGAAUACAGUCAAUUUACGGUUCAAACCCUGACACUGUGGACCCUGAGCCUACAGCGCCCCCCACCCCUAAUGCAUGUGAUCCUAAACUCAAACUUGAUGCGGUCACAAGCAUACGUGGGGAGAUGAUGUUCUUCAAGGGCAGCUUCUUCUGGCGUAGUUAUCCACUGAGACCAAAUCCUGAACAGCAUCUCAUCAAGAACUUCUGGCCUGAUGCCCCUGAGAAUAUUGACGCCGCCUACGAGGACCCACAAACCCAACAAGUGUUCCUCUUUAAAGGUCAAAAGGUCUGGGCCCUCUAUGGCUACGACCUGGUGAAGGGUUAUCCCAGGAGCCUGAGCAGCAUGGGCUUGCCCCACACUGUGAAGAGGAUCACCGCUGCACUCAGUGACCCUGAGGCUGGAAAGACUUUGUUCUUCGUCGGCGAAGAUUAUUACAGCUAUGAUGAAACACGGAAGGCAAUGGACAAGGGUUACCCUAAAGCGAUUGCAGAUGGUUUUCCUGGGAUGAGUGAAGUCACAGCAGCACUUCAGUUCAGAGGUUUUGCCUACCUCUACAAUGGUCCCAUCAUGUUCGAGUACAACCUUAGUUCCCGAAGACUCUACCGUGUGCUGAAGACUAGCUAUUUGUUAAAUUGCUAGUAAAGAUAAAUGUAUUUUGUCCUUCGCUGGCUGGCACAGAUUUAAACUUUUAAAAAUAUUUAAUUUAUUCAGCCUCACAUAUUUUGUCAUGAUAUGUUAUAUGUGAGCGUAAUCUAUAUAUUAAUACACAUAAUAAAUAAAAAAAAUAUUUAAAAGUAUUGUUUUAAUGUAUUAAAUGCAUCAAUACAUUCAACUGCAAUAUUUAAUAAAGUAUUGAACUAUUACUAA